ACAUGGUUGAAGGAUCUACAGUAUAUAUAAAUAUUUCUCUCUAAUUUUGGAACUGAAAUUCAGAGAUCUGGAUAAUUUCAUGGUGGGCCGUUCUUAGAUUACAACCUGAAGUCCACAGAGAGUUGGAGAAUUGCGUGCAAGUUGGGAAAUUUUGGUGCUAAGAAUGGAGGAACUAGAGAUUUCCAAUGAUGAGUCUUGUGUGAGCUCUUGUGGCCGGGAAGAUGAUGAGGAAGACUUUCGAAACUUGAGUCAAUGAAGAGAACCAACCCGACUUCCUCGAGAAACUUGAGCCGAGAUAAAGAGAACCUGAGAUCUAAGGUCAUUUGCCCCAUAUUUGGAAAAAAUAAGGUGCAUGUUGGGAAACGGAAAUUUGUGAUCUCAAGCCGAUAGCUGAAUAGGUGUUUGUAUAAAUGCCUGAGCUGGGUUGGUUUUAGAAUUUAGUAUGGUGAAAGUUCCAACAUCGAUUAGUACUUCUAGGGAGGUUAGAGAAAACCCAAUUGAUUACAAUUAUUGAAUAUUGAAGGGUUUGGUGUUUCUUUGUUGUCAUUUUGAUCUUCGUGUGGUAGUUUCAAUUGGAAGAAGGUGGUUGGGUGUAUGGAGAAUAUUAAUGUUGAUGUAUACUCAAAUGGGUCAAUUCAGAACGGUAAUGGUUUGGAAGAGAGGCUUGAUGAGCUUAGGGGCCUUCUUGGCAAAGCUGAUGGUGAUCCGCUGAGGAUUGUGGGUGUGGGAGCUGGGGCUUGGGGAAGCGUAUUUGCAGCUCUGCUACAAGAUAGCUAUGGUCAGUUCAGAGAGAAGGUUCAAAUCAGGAUAUGGAGGAGGCCCGGGAGGGUGGUUGAUAGAGCAACAGCGGAGCAUCUGUUUGAAGUAAUUAAUUCGAGGGAGGAUGUCCUGAGGAGGUUAAUCCGGCGAUGUGCUUACUUGAAGUAUGUUGAGGCGAGACUUGGGGAUAGGACUCUUUAUGCGGACGAGAUUUUGAAGGAUGGAUUUUGCCUGAACAUGAUUGACACCCCACUUUGUCCUAUGAAGGUUGUGACUAAUUUGCAAGAAGCAGUUUGGGACGCCGAUAUCGUAGUUAAUGGUUUGCCAUCUACUGAAACACGCGAGGUCUUUGAAGAGAUUAGUCAUUAUUGGAAGGAGAGGAUCACAAUGCCCAUCAUCAUCUCUUUGGCAAAGGGUAUAGAGGCAGCACUUAAACCUGUUCCCCAUAUAAUAACCCCAACAAAAAUGAUUAAUCGAGCCACUGGAGUACCUAUGGAAAACAUACUUUACCUUGGAGGACCUAACAUUGCCUCAGAGAUUUACAACAAGGAAUAUGCCAACGCCCGAAUAUGUGGAACAGAGAAGUGGAGAAAGCCUCUUGCAAAGUUUCUGCGGCAACCACAUUUCAUUGUAUGGGACAACAGCGAUCUUGUCACUCAUGAAGUCAUGGGUGGUCUGAAGAAUGUAUAUGCCAUUGGAGCUGGUAAGUUGCUGUACCAAAGAAUGUUUUCUCCUUGCCUUUUGGCACCUUCUGUAUAUGUUUCAUAUUCUUGUUUGGUUUUCUCAGGAAUGGUAGCAGCUCUUACCAAUGAGAGUGCUACCAGCAAAUCAGUGUAUUUUGCUCAUUGUACAUCGGAGAUGAUAUUCAUUACUCAUCUAUUGGCUGAGGAACCUGAAAAGCUUGCUGGGCCUUUACUGGCUGACACUUAUGUAACCUUAUUGAAAGGUCGUAAUGCAUGGUAUGGGCAAAUGUUGGCAAAGGGAGAAAUAAGCCUCGAUAUGGGUGAUAGCAUCAGUGGCAAAGGAAUGAUACAGGGUGUAUCUGCGGUAGGUGCUUUCUACGAACUUCUGAGUCAGUCAUGCUUAAAUAUAUUGCACCCUGGUGAAAACAAACCUGUGGCCCCAGUUGAGCUAUGUCCCAUCUUAAAGACGCUGUACAAAGUACUGAUAUUGAGGGAACAAUCAUCGCAAGCUAUUCUGCAAGCGCUGAGGGACGAGACACUGAACGAUCCCCGGGAACGCAUAGAGAUUGCACAGAGCCAUGCCUUCUACAGGCCCUCACUUCUUGGCCAACCUUGACUUGCCACUACACAUCUGAAAUCGACAACAAAAAAAAAAAAACAAUAAUUCUUUUAUGGAAACAGAAGUUAAAUGAUAAACGGGAGACAUUAUGUACUGGUUUUAGUUUGUAAUGGAUUAAGCAUUGCUUUAAUACAUUGAGUGUAACUACAUCGA